AUGUCUGAUAUUUAUUUGGCCCUCUGCGAUGGGAAGAAAUUAAAUGAUAUUCCUUCAGGCGUUCUCACGAAGCACUACGAAGAAGUUCAAAAUGCCUCAUUGAAUGCAAUUAUAUCCACUACCAAAUUGCUUCUCAGCUCUGCGACCUGCAAGAAGUUGUUUCAUGUCAUGAUUUCCUCUGCUGCGGGUUCUUUGAAACCAAAUUGUUUCCAUCCGUUCAUCCGUAUGACAUUGCAGCAUGCUGCCUAA